ACCUUUCACCCUUUCUUUACCAAUCUUCAGUUGAUUGUCUUUCAUUCCCUUCGACGACGACGAUGAACGCGUCCAGAACAGAUCUACUGGCAUGGCUGAAUGACCUGCUCCAGCUGAACUACACAAAGGUGGAGCAAUGCGGGACUGGAGCCGCGUACUGUCAGAUCAUUGACUCCAUUUACGGCGAUGUACCCAUGCAACGAGUUAAAAUGACCGCCAAGCACGAAUAUGAAUUCAUCGCCAACUUCAAAAUCAUGCAGACGGUGUUCAAGGCGAAGAAGAUCGAUAAGCCGAUACCGGUGGAAAAAUUGGUCAAGUGCAAGAUGCAGGAUAACCUUGAGUUUCUUCAGUGGAUCAAGAGAUUCUGGGAUUCGAACUAUGGUGGUCAGGGUUACGAUCCGGUGGCUCGACGCAGGGGUGCACCGGCUGAUCCUCCCGCGACGAUGGCACCUCUCGCAGCCGGUAACAGCCGUGGUCUAACCGGUGCACGAGCGGGAGGAAGAACACCGAUAGGUGGACAUCGAGCAGGAUCCACUCAGCCCAAUGAAGCCGUACAGCUUCUUCAAAAUCAAGUCAAGGAUCUCAGUUCACAUUUGGAGGGACUAGAGAAGGAGAGAGAUUUCUACUUUGAGAAGCUCCGGGAGAUCGAAAUCCUUGUCCAAACACAGGUGGAAGUCCUUGAGGCAUCAGGAAAAGAUGAUGCUACCUUGAGGGAUAUCCAGAAGAUUCUGUAUUCGACUGAGGACGGCUUUGAGGUCCCCGAAGGUGGUCAGGCGGACGAUGAGGAGACCUUCUAAGAACCCAAUUUACCAUCCGUAUCACCCAAGAUCGACCGCUCGUAUUUCUAAUUAUCCAUACCACUACUACCCUACUCGAUGUAGAUUCAGAACAUUUCUUUAGUAUGUUUCUUCUUGUUCAUACGCUUCUGAUUUUCGUCCCUUCUCCUGUAGUGCAUCAUCUGACAAUCACAAUGCAGCUCUCAUCAAUGUAUAUGUAUCAUUUCGUGAGAUUUGUGCAUCUUAGAAUCGGUGAAGUCUCCCAUGUUUCGCAAGAUUAUAAAGAACGUCGUUUUUCUGUGAAUCUAUA